AUGAAAAGGGAUCCGCAACCGCAGCAUCCUUCCAGCGGAGGGAAGCAUCCCCCUGGGCGGCAAAUCGAGGCGCUGCCGGAGAAGGAGUGCGCUGCUGCCGAAGAUGGACCGCCGAAAUCCCCGCUCUGGGUCUUCGGCUACGGCUCGCUGGUGUGGAGACCCGAUUUCGAGUUCACCUCCCGCAAGGUGGGCUAUAUCCGGGGCUACACCCGCCGCUUCUGGCAAGGAGACACCUUCCACCGGGGCAGCGAAAAGAUGCCUGGAAGAGUGGUCACCCUCCUAGAAGAUUAUGAUGGAUGCACAUGGGGUGUCGCCUAUGAACUCCAUGGAGAUCAGGUUGCUGCUUCGCUCAAGUACUUGAACAUGCGGGAAGCAGUGCUUGGAGGCUACGACACCAAGCUGGUGAAGUUCUACCCACAGGAAGAAGAGACUGAUGAGCCUAUCCUGGCCCUGGUUUACAUUGCAACCCCCCAGAAUCCCUCCUACCUCGGCCCAGCAUCUGAAGAGGAAAUAGCGGCGCAAAUCCUAGUCUCCAGCGGGUGUUCAGGCCACAACAUAGAGUACCUGCUACGGCUGGCGGACUUCAUGCGGUUCUGCUGCCCUCAUGUAGAGGAUGAACACUUGUUCUCCAUCGAGGAGGCUCUGAUCUCUGUGCUGCCCUGCCUGUGCCAUGCUGAGGAACCCUUUGCAAAGGAGUGAAUGUGGCCUGGCCAGCCAGGGGCUCUGGAAGACUCUUUUUUUAACCAAGGACAGGACUGUACACAACAGAUGCAGCCAUUUUAAUGCACCUGAACUCAGAUUAAUAAAGCCAGUAGGUGGAGUAGUUGGGAGGGGUGGCAGGGCAUUGGUUGCAUGCCUGCUCAUGAAUGGCAUCUGACUGGCAGCAGACCCAUUAUUUUGCAUGCAGACUGGAACGAGGCGCUGCCACACCACCAGCUCUGCUAGGGAUGUAAAACUGGUUGGAAGAGCACUCUACUCCUAAGUGUUACCUUGGAGUAGGCCCCAUUGAAUUGAAUGGGACCCACUUCUGAGCGGUUAUGCCUAGGGUUGUCCUGCUAAUUACGAUUUUAAGAAGUCCAAGCUAAGCAGGGUUCCUGCUACUUUUUAACAGUGCGGGGGGGGGGGUUGGAGGGAUGAAGAAGCAGUAAGCUUUCCUUCUAGUAUUUUUGAAGUCCACUAUUGCACCUCCAGGAGGAGGAUACUGUAGCUACAAUGUUGAAACUUGAUGGCCCUCGGUCUACCUCAUAAGCUAGCAAAGCUGCGGCUGUGGCACUGAGUGCCGGCCACUUUCUCCAGCUUCCAUUACACUGACGCAUAUGCCGGGGUUUCCAGUGCAAUAUGAACUAACUUGCCUUCUUUAGGCUCUGAUGGGGCCAAAUGUCCUGCUCGACAACCUGUCUUAAGUUAACCCACUACUUUUUUAUAACUUGAAGUUGUAUUUAUUGUAAUGAACACAAACACAUAUAUUUCAUAAAGAGAAAGUGUCCAA